CUCGUCGGAUUCGUUGCGCGUCCAAAAGCCGCGAUUUUCCCCCCAUUAAGCUCGUACAAUUAAAAAUCGAAGCAGGAUACAAACAAAAAAAAAACAUACAAAAUGCGGUGCGGUUUAAGUAAAUAAAUAGUCAAACGUUUUUUGAAAACAACAAGUGCAGCGAGCACAGCAGGCAGCAGCCCGAGUGAAGCAGAGAUUCCGUGGAGUGAUUUAAUCAAAGAAAACACACAGCAAAAUGUCGACAAUUGUGGAACAGGCGGCUCCAGCAGCGACUGCUGGCAUAUCCAAUUCACCCGUAGCCUCCUCCUCGGCAGCGGCAGAAACUUCCGCCCCCGGAGCGGCGUUGUCGGAAAUUGAGCAGCUGCAGCAGGCAUUAAUCGAGAAGCAGACGCAGCUAUAUAAUCUGGAAUCGGCCUGCCUCCGCGAAACGGAACGUCAGGUGGAGCUGGAGGAUAGUGUGAUUGCGUGGCAGGAUAAAUACGAUCGGCUGUACGAGUCGCAUAAGCGUGUCCAGAAGGUCAAUCAGAGUCUGGAGGACAAGAUGCUCAAGCUGGUGGACCGGAAUGCCGGCGAGCGAGCCCAGCUAACCAGCGAUGUGGCCACCCUGAGCGUGAGACUGGCCCAGGCCAACUUUAAUAUUGCCAAGCUGCAGCGGGAAAUUGAACGCUACAAGGCUGACAUUAGCCUGGCCAUCCAAUUGCUGCAGUGCAAGCCGGAUAGUUUUGUGCCCCAGAAAGUGUCCUCGCUACCCAUUGAUAUUCAGUCGAAGGUGUCGGCGUACAUGCGAUUGGAGACAAACUCCCAUUCCGAUUCCGAGUGCAGCAAUAGCGGUGUGGGUGUUGCCACCACAGCUUCCUAUAAAGUGCUUCCGGCCUCAGAUUCGCCGCCACCCUCAGCCUGUCCCUUUCCGCCCACGGCGAUGGUGUAUUCGAUGAGGGGACUCGGUAGGUAUGCGGCCAAUGGAAAUGCGGUCAAUAAUACCCCAACAGCCCCGAAUCAGCCCACAAAUAACAAUCUAAAGGACACCAAGGACUCCAUAAAUAACAACAAUCACAACAAUAAUAACAACACAACAACAACAGCAACAACCACGGGCAGCAACAAGUGCAACAAUCAAACAACAACAACAGCAACCAGCAACAACAACAACAACAGUAGUAACACCAAUCCAGAUAUGAUUUCGCCCACAAUUAUGGCCAAGUUCCUGGAGGAUGAGCUAAAGGCAAACGAGGUAAAACACUGCGACACCUGCCAGUGCAGCAAACAGGAUCUGCAGGUCCUGGCAGAUGUGUCGCGUUCCUAUACAGUGGCCACCCAGACACCGCAUCAGUUCCAUCAUCAGCUUGUCCAGGGUUCCUCCACCGGCCUGACCGAACCGCUGACCCAACUAUGCCUGCGGUGCCACAGCAAUCUCAACUCGCCCUCGAGGACCAACAGUCCCUAUCUGAUGAAGCUGGUCAAGUCCAGCGAUUCGGUUAUAUCAGAGACCAAGAGUUCCGUUUCGGAUCUCAAUGACAUGGACAAGCUCUUUACGCCGGCCAAAAAGGAUGACCUGAUGGUGAAUCCCAUUCUAGGACAUCAUCGUCUGUGCGAGAGAACAGCAAUUCCUGGCGGUCAGAGUCAGGAUUAUGUGAAUGGUAAGCUCACAACCUCCACAAUGAUGUAUCCCACCACCCAUUUGGGUGCCUAUGCCGCUGAGAAAUAUCUCCUGGAGACGAGUAAUCUUGGCCAGCUGAGGAGCAACUAUCAGCGAAGGUUCCUGGAUGGCGGUGGCACAGCCCUGCAGUUGCUGAAUAAAUAUGAAGUCGGAGCAGGAGCUACCACAACCACGGAUGAGCUGGAGGAUGAGGCCAGCAAGCCACUGCUGGCGGGGAUUUCUCAGGUGAAUCUCUCGGAGGUGGAGCAGCCUUUGCCACCGGCGCCACCGCAGCCGCAGACAGCUGCCAAACUGGAAGAUGUGUGUGAGCCAACGCCGGUGAGUAAGCCUGUGGCUCCGGUGGCUCCACCAGGACCACCUACAGUUGCUGCUGCUGCUCCGCCUAGUGCUCCAUGUGCUCCUGGUGCUCCUCCAGCAGCAGCCCAGCUCAAGUCCACCAACUCGGGCAGCGUCCAGAGCCUGUGGAGCAACAAGACCAGCAGCUGCGAGGGGGCCAAGAUGUUUGAGACCUUCAACAGGAAUCUCAUCAAGACAAUCAAGGCGGAAAACCCCAAAUACCGAGGACCACGACUGUGUGCCAUGAGGAUCCAGCAGAAUGGCCAGAGCAACAUACUCCUAGACAACCUGGAGUCCAUUGAGACCUACACCCCAGUGAUUUACAAGCGGCGUGAAAAACUCCUAGACGAAGAGCUCAACGAUGGCAAGGACAUCAUAACCAGCAAGGAGAGCAAUGCCCAAGCAGCUGUUGAAGCCUGGCAAGGACCAGCAGUUCCCCACGAGAAUGUGGCCCUACAACCUGUCCUAGAACCCCAGGUGGAGUCUCCCGAGGCGGAAAAUGAAGAAAUCAAGGCUGGUGGGGAGCCUCCUGCUGCAGUGAAUUCAUCCAAACAUUCCGCCAACUCCAGUUCCAUAAGCGAUGCCAUUGACUACCAGGAGAGUGUACUUUUGCGGCGACAGCAGCUUAGCCGGGUGGCCGAAUGGGUGCAGCACAAUACCCAGCAGUUGGAGCAGCGAAAUCUCCAACAGCCAGCGGCGGCCACAAGUGAUUCCAAUUCGGGCACCGAAAGGCAAUCCUCUUACUCCACCCUCGAUCGCAUGGACUCCAUAUCCAUAGAGAAACUGUCCAUGGAUUCGGGCUAUAAGACCACGCCGCAGCAGCUUACCAAUGGCUAUCCGGAAAAGUCCACGGAGGACUCACUGUCGCCCAAGACGGAUAUCACCAGUAAUUCCCUGCAGCAGGAGACCACUGUGCCGCCGCCACCGCCGCCGCAGCAGAUGUUGUUGUCGUCGUCCAAGAAAACGGAAAUGUGCACUACUUAUUACAGGAGAACCACCAGAUCGGGUUUGCCAGUGGCUUACACCACCACCACGGCGGCAGCAGCUGGAGUUGGUGUAACCCUAGAGGAGUCCACCUCCUCCGGUUCAGAAGCUUUGAUCUGCCCCGAACAGCCCACGUGUGAUAUACUCAACUACAAAUACUAUCCCAAUGACACGGACAAGACGCGGUCCGUCCAGGCUGAGCUGCACACGACCACCCAGAAUGUGGACAUUGCCCAGAUGGAGUACAAUGUAAAGCAGUUUCUGCUCAAGCAGAACGAGUGGUCCAUGAACGGGGGAGCGGCUGGAGCUGGAGCUGGUUCUGCUUCUGGUGGAGGAGCCAUGUCUGGAAUGGGUGCCCGGCUAAUGCAGCGUCGCAUCCUGGGUCCCGGUGUUGGAGAACGUGUACGCAUGGCCACGCCCGGCGGAGCGGUGGCCAGUCAAUCCUCCUCCGGCAUCCUGCCACCCCACAGAACUGAAACGAAUUUAUAAGCAAACGGGGUCAAGGGACACACGGAAUCCUAUCGGGAUUUCGAAGCGAAGAGUAAACCAAUCUGUAUUCUAGUCUAGUUUUGCUACUUUAAGUUCAUACUAAGCACGGGCUUAAAAUAUAUAUAUAUAAAUAUAUAUAUGUAUAUUGCUCUAUAUAUAUAAAUAUGAGAUGUAUGUUUGGGCUAAGCAAUGCUUUAGUUAUAAACUUAAUGUGGGUGGUGAGGGGUUCUCGGCAGAUGCUAACACAGCAAUAGCAAUAAUACUAUACAUAUGUACGAUAAAUGUAGUACUUACACCAAAAUCUACGAUCUAAGCUAGCUAAAGUUGCUUUGGAGCUAUAUAACUAAGCUGAUAAUUAAGAUUAAGACGGGGAUAUAUGUUAAAUAAGUGGCCUUGGUUGAUUCUUAGUUGAAUAGAAAACUUAUUUAUGUUAAUAACUAUUAUUACAAUUAUAUUUUCUAUGAUUAACCAUAAAAUUUCCCUAAAUUUCCCUAUCAGUCUUCCCUUAGCCACUAAUUUCCCUCUUCAUCUCCCAUAUAAUUUCUUAAAUUUCCCACUCAGUCAUCCCUUAGCCACUAAUUUUCCCUAUGCAUUGAGUUUCUUUAUAUAAAAUAGAAACCUUAUAUUAUUAUAAAGAAAUUUCCUAUGAUUUACCAUAUAAUUUCCUUACAUUUUGUUAAUAACUAUUAUACUAAUUAUAUUUCCUAUGAUUUACCAAGUAAUUUCCUAAAAUUUCCCCAUCAGUAGAUAGGGAUAGUCUUCCCUUAGCCACUAAUUUCCCUUUCCAAUUUUAUUUCCUAAUCCCCAAAAAGUCUUCCUAAAUAUCCCCCUUAAUAUACCACUCAAACCAAGGCCACCUAAACCUUAUCCCCGUAGCAAUUGCAGCUAAAACCAAAAGCAAAUCUAAGACAUAUGAUACGGUUACUCCCUACGAUAUAACCCAUAUACAUCUAUAUAUAUAUAUAUAUAACUUUUUGAUGUCUGCAUGUUAAUAUAACCCACAAGCCAUUCGAGAACUUUACCCGAAGCAAGCUUAGGUUACAACAGAAAAAUAUAUACAUAAAUUAUAUUUAUAGGAAUAUACAGAUAAUUAUGCUAUAUAUACGAUUGAUAUUUGAUAAGCGCGUUAUAUUUUCUAGAUUCCGAUUGUGCAAUAUUUUUUAGUAGCCUGAAAAAAAGCCAAAAAAAAAAAAAAAAGCGAAAUGAAAACGAAUUUUUAUUUUUAUAAAAUGCGACCAAAAACCAAAAUGGGGGAAGAAACUUAAACCCUAUUUCUGAUUUUCUAUUUCAUAUUUUUUGCUAUUUGCAAAUUCUAUUGAGCAUUUUGUCCAGCUUAGACCCAAUCGAUCAAGAUAUACACACACAAACACACACACACACAAGUACUGUACCUUCUUAGUGACAAAGGAUUUUUGCCGGAGAAUAAAAAAACGAUAAGAAACUGUA